AUGCGAUGGGGCGAGAACGAGACUUGUUUAUUUGUUAAUCUGUAUUUAAAAAAUGACGUUUUAUGGAACACUCGUAAUACCAAUUACAAAUCGAAAUUUCUAAGACAACAAGCUUAUAAAAAUAUCAUAGAAGGUCUUCGUUCUGGAGCUGGAAUCUCUCUAUCUGAAGAAGAAGUAAAAAUGAAGAUAAAGAGUCUUAGAUCAACAUAUUCUCAAGAACUUGUAAAAAUAAGAGAUCGCUCCGAUAGCGACUGUCGUUAUAAGCCAGCAUUAAAGUGGUUCGAUGAGUGGCACAGAAAAAUGAAUAACGCGAAAAGAGGAAUUAAUGACACGACAUCUGAGUCGAAUGAACCAGAUGAAGAUUUAUGUCCAAACAUUGACAAUGAAAAUGCUGACACCAAAAUAGACCCUUUUGCAUCACCACCUGGAGAAGAUUAUUUUAUCAUUGUGAAGUCAGAAUGUGAACAAAAUUCUGAGAAGGAACACAUUCCUCAUAAAACGAAAAGGCGGAAAAUUAUAUCAUAUAAUCAAAGUGUUGAUGCUUCUGAGCGAGUACAUAGAAUUAGUUUAGAUGCACUAAAACCUGUAAAAGAAGAUGAAUUUGAUAUUUAUGGCAAAUAUAUAGCAACACAGUUGAGGAGUAUGGAUUUAGAAAAAGCUAUUAAAGUUCAGUUGCAGAUACAAAAUAUUGUUAGUGAAGCGAGACUAUCAAAAAAAUAA